AAAGCGAAAGGAGGAGACGGCCAACCAAAACCCUCCUCCUCUCAUCAUCGCCCAAAACCCCCCAAGAAACCAGAAAGAAACCUCUCCUGCUCCUCUCUCUCUCUUUUCACCGGCAGAGGGAGAGGAAGUGGAGAGACAGAGAGGAAGAAGCAGAGGGAAGAAAAGAAAAGGAAGGAGUUUGCUGCAGCUGUGAGGAGUAGAGGAGGGGGGAAGGGUAUAAAGGUUUUUGAUUGGAAUGCAGCAGCAACACCUGAUGCAGAUGAACCAGGGCAUGAUGGGGGGAUAUGCUUCCCCUACCACCGUCACCACUGAUCUCAUUCAGCAGUAUCUGGAUGAGAACAAGCAGCUGAUCCUGGCCAUCCUUGACAACCAGAACAAUGGGAAGGUGGAAGAGUGCGCUCGGAACCAAGCUAAGCUCCAGCACAAUCUCAUGUACCUCGCCGCCAUCGCCGACAGCCAGCCGCCGCAGACGGCCGCCAUGUCCCAGUAUCCGUCGAACCUGAUGAUGCAGUCCGGGGCGAGGUACAUGCCGCAGCAGUCGGCGCAGAUGAUGGCGCCGCAGUCGCUGAUGGCGGCGAGGUCUUCGAUGAUGUACGCGCAGCCGGCGCUGUCGCCGCUCCAGCAGCAGCAGCAGCAGCAGGCGGCGGCGGCGCACGGGCAGCUGGGCAUGGGCUCGGGGGGCACCACCAGCGGGUUCAGCAUCCUCCACGGCGAGGCCAGCAUGGGCGGCGGCGGCGGCGGCGGUGGCGCCGGUAACAGCAUGAUGAACGCCGGCGUGUUCUCCGACUUCGGACGCGGCGGCGGCGGCGGCGGCAAGGAGGGGUCCACCUCGCUGUCCGUCGACGUCCGGGGCGCCAACUCCGGCGCCCAGAGCGGCGACGGGGAGUACCUCAAGGGCACCGAGGAGGAAGGCAGCUAGGUGGUUUAACUUAGCUAUAGCUAAGCUAGGCAGCUAGGUAGCCCAUGAGGAGGGUAGCACCGUGGUAGUAGCAGUAGUAGCUAGGAGACGGCGGCAAUGGCGGUGACGGUGACGGCGAUGUCGGUGGCGGUGGUGGCUAAGGUUUAGGUUUGGUAGGUCGAUCCAUGGAACCUGUGUGGUGGUGGUGGCCUGAUGCAUGUUGCAUUUGGUAUCAUGCAGAAGUCUCACUUGUUUUGGAAAACGGAUUGGCAGGUUCGUCUAAUUAAGAUGUGUUAUUAGUAAGGGAAUAUAUGUGUGUGUUGCUGCACUGCAAUGGAUGGGUUGGUUGGUUUGCGAAA